UCCUCUCUCUCUCUCACUCCCUCACUCACUUCAACUCUCUAGCUCUCUCCUUCUCUCUCUCACUCACACUCUCGCUGAGCUCUAACUGCUUGGAUACAGUGCAGAGGACUUGGGGAGAGUGCUCUUUUCUUCUUCUGCGUUUCCUUCCCUCCUCUCUCCCUCGAGAGCUAUUGAUUUAGAUCAAUUCAUUGGGAUGAGGAUGCGUUUGUGUUAAGCUGCAACAAAGGAAGAGUGCACAAGAAGCAACAGGGGAGUAAUUGACUGCACGGAGAAACAGGAGACCCCCCCUCCUUUACAGGCUCAACAAGGGUGGCCGGUUGGACAACAGCAGCCAUGUGAUUGGGGGGUGGCAAAGAGCAAAGAAUGUCCAGGAGGUUCAGCUAAAGCAGCCCUGCAGUGAGAAUCUCCCCCUCUGGCGCCUGUUCUUCAUGAGGACCCGAAGAUGACUGUCACCAGCCGGCAGUCCUUGAAUGUCCUGACAGUCAUCUUUCUCCUGCUGUCCACUGCAGCUCUAUCAGCUCAUUUCAGAGUGUGUGAACCAUACUCCGACCACAAGGGGCGCUAUCACUUUGGUUUCCACUGCCCUCGCCUUUCUGACAACAAGACCUACAUGUUCUGCUGUCACCACAACAACACUGCCUUCAAGUACUGCUGCAACGAGACUGAGUUCCAGACGGUCAUGCAGGUCAACCUGACUACCACCACAGAUGGCUUCAAACACAAUAACUACACAGCCCUGGUGGGAGUGUGGAUCUAUGGCUUCUUUGUCAUGGUGCUGCUAGCCCUGGACUUCCUCUACUACUCGGCCAUGAACUAUGAGCUGUGUCGGGUUUACCUGGAGAAGUGGGGUCUGGGUGGGCGCUGGCUGAAGAAAGCCAGGAGCCAGUGGCACCAGCCAGUCCCAGGAGAGGAGAAUGAGACCCAGGCACAGACCCAGGGUCACCCCAUGGCCCUCAGCCACCAGCACCCCAGACACAGCCUCAGAGGAGAGGACCAGAGCCCCACGAACCCUAGCAUGCCCCCACCGUCUGACUGAAGCUGCGAGAGGAUGAAUGGAUGGAGCAGCGAUGUUGAGCAGAGCACGCCGCAGAAGAUAGCACGGCUCCGACACCUGUCUCUGUCUGGCUGGACUAUCUACACAGUAACAUACCACAGGGUGGCUGUCCCUGCCGGAGCUAGCAGUUAGCUAAUAGGACCUGCUCGCCUCCAUUCCUCUAAACACCUCCACCACUGGACUAACGGAACCAGGCCAAAGGUCAACACUAGACUACUAUGAAAGGUCCUGGCGAAUGGAGCUGCUGCUACCCAAACACUGUUAAGGAACAGGUCACAGGCACUGAAACUGACCAUGAAGAACCCCUGCAUGGGCUGGGGCUGUUCUACGAGGACGCCAAUGGAAACUGAAAGUGCAACUGAUCAACUGAACAAGGGGGGGCUUUGUUUAAUGUGUUUUUGAGUGUUGAUUGUACUUUGUUGCUGUGUGGGGUUAAAUUCAGUAGUAGUCAGAAGAGGUAGUGGGUGUAUCUCUUGGUGAUUUAUUUAAUGUCGACUAGUCAGGGACUUUUUACGAGUGGUAGACAUUCUAGACGAUUCACCAUGAUGCUUAGCAUCCCUUUGGAGCUAAAAUUAGGACAUCGACUGGCUCAAUCGCUGAGGAUAGAUAUAAUUGGACGGUGAAGUCUAUGGAACAGACAUAUUUCAGCAUAAUGAACCUUAAUUGAAUACGGUGGCCCCUCCCCUUCAAGUCACCCUGUCAGCUCAGCGAUCAGGGAGAGUGGAGUGCUGACAAAAUAAUCACUUCAGUGGUUCCCACUGAAAGGUGUUACACUGCAAAAAAAAGUGAAAUCUAAGCAAGUAUAAAUAUCUUCUAUUGAAAUAUCUUUCUUGUUUUUUCAAAUCAUGCUAAAUUAUCUAACGUCAGUGGCAGAUCAUUUUAUUUAGGCUUGCUUAAAUGUCACUUUUUGCAGUGUAGUGCACAGGGAGGGGAUAAAGCUCAACACUUCACUCAUUUCUGACAUGAACUUUCGUAUUGAUCCAUAAAGUGCCGUUUUUGUUGUGUUGGGAGGGGUGAGAGAAUAAAGCAUCUGUUCGGGUCAGCAGACUGGGAGGGGGAUGGAGUGUGAUGGGGGAAGACCAGGCGGUAUAUAGUACUGUACCAGGGUAUGUCUCUACUCAUUCUCCUCACUCUAACCCAAUUCUGGAGCUGUAACCUGCGAUCUGACAGCAGCUUAGCCGGUAUGUGCAGAGAAUUCCUGCACUGUACACACCGUGCAGCAGGAAAUACACUACAGGGUCGUUGGUAGGGGCCAACCAAGAGGGCAGACCCAUAAAUGGUUCUCUGGGAGUUACUGGAAAUACCACCAAUACUCCUGAACAGCCACUAGGCAAGAGGAGCAGGACAACUAUCCCCAAUAUACUAAAACGGCAAACUCAACCUGCCAAUCUAUUCCAAUGAUUGGAAAUAAAUUGUUUUGUCAACAUCUGGCUUCAUAAAUUCUCUGAAGUGUGCAGGCCCCAAAAAAGAAAAUGUUACCAUCUUCUGUUACAACAAUGACCAUGGCUGGCAAUAUACACUGAGUGUACAAAACAUGAAGAACUCUUUCCAUGACAGAGUGACCAGGUGAAAGCUAUGAUCCCUUCUUGAUGUCACUUAAAUCCACUUCAAUCAGUGUAGAUGAAGGGGAGGAGACAGGUUAAAGAAUAUUUUUUAACCCUUGAGACAAAUGAGACGUGCAUUGUGUAUGUGUGCCAUUCAGAGGGUGACAAAUGAUUGAAGUGCCUUUGAACGGGGUAUGGUAGGAGGUAGUAGGUGCCAGGCGCACCAGUUUGUGUCAAGAACUGCAAUGC